CCCGCCAUGGCCGACGAACACGAGACCUUCCACCCGCGAGACACGCUCGCGAACACGGCGAGCACGACGCUCAAGCUCACGGCCUGCGGUGCCAUCUUUGCCGGCGUGCAGAACACGCUGCGGAAGCAGAAUGUCGGAGCCAUGGGCAUCUUCACCCGGUCGGGAGGCAUAAUCGCCCUUUAUGCCGGCGUGGGCGCAACCUACCAGUUCACCAAGGACGCGACCUCCAACCUACGGCAAAAGGACGACUGCUACAGCGAGGCACUUGCGGGCUUCGUGGGCGGUGCAACACUCGGUGUGGCCAAGCGAAGUAUACCCUACAUGCUGGGUGCCGGCGCUUGCUUUGGCACCGCUAUGGCAGCAUUCAGAUACACCAACGGGCUGAGUGGUUUCCGGCAAAUCGAGACGGACGAGGAUGAAGUAGAACGGAAAGAGAUGCUGAGGAAGAUGCGGAGGCGGCCGCUGCAGGAGACCAUCGAACAGCUGGGCGAAGGCCGAGGCAUCUAUGCUCCCGGCUACGAAGAGCGGAGGCGUGAGCGGUUACUAGCGAAGUACGGCAUUGACGUAGCGGCAGCGCAAGAGACGUUUAAGAAGGAUAAUGUGGAUCCGACGGUGAGCCUCUGAGCCAUGUGAGCUCGUGUGUAUAUAUCAAUCAGAGCCCGCUCGCUGGCACGGCGACCUUUCCUUGCUGAAUUGGUCUUAUUGUAUUCCUACAUGUCUCCUGCGUACGACAUCUGGCUGGCCUCUUCAUAACAGACCCAGGUAUGGCCGACAAGACUCCCAUGUCGAGCCGAUCUCAAUUCUCUCCAAACGCCUACCUGAGUGCAUUACCCGCGUGACCUGCCCAUAGGAUUCGAAGGAUGACAGCUGGGAAGUUGAGCUGGAUGUCAAGGGAAGCAUGCAACAGUGUUCCGUU